UAAAUGUGUGUUUUUGACUGUGUGUGUGGAUUUCUCUGCUGGAUUCGACUGAAAUUGUUCACUUAAUUUUUUGGUUGCUUUUCUUAACUUUACAUUGGUGAAUUUUGUGGCAAUGAACAUUUCAUUGUGCUUUAAAAAUAGGAUAAAUGAAUAGGCAAAAGAAUUCAUUCGGUGUGUGGAAUCGACGGCGACAAUUAGCCGCUGUUCAAGCUCUUGGCUAUGUGGUAUAUUGGUAUUUGCAUCGAAAAUACCGGCAAAAAUAUUGUCACCGCAUCAUACUAGGUAUGGACAAUGAAAAAGUUCGAGAUGACUUAAUUACCCGACUUCAAUUUCAAUUUAAAAAGUCUCAUCGUGAUAUUAUUCGUAUGGGGCCACAUGCAUUUCAACAUUUGUGUGACCUUCUUGAGCGAUUUGGUGGGCUGGAACCUACAAAGCAUGUGACUAUUGAGGAACAAGUCGCAAAGGGUCUUUACUUGUUAUCACACAGUGCAACAAAUAGUGAAGUUUCUUUUAUCUUCCGGCGCUCUGGUGAAACAAUAAGUCGCCAUUUUCAUAGAUUCUUAAGAGCUGUGAUAUCAAUGGAAGAAUACUUUCUUAAGCAACCUGAUGGCUCACAAGUUCCUUUGGAAAUAUCAAGUAGUAACCGGUUCUACCCAUAUUUUAAGGUAACAAGUAUGUACUCAGAUGUUAAACUUUCAAUGGAACAUUGCCUACAAACUUUUACUUAAGAUAAAGUGUUUUGAUAUUUAUAUUAGGAUUGUGUUGGGGCACUUGAUGGAACACAUGUUGGUGUCAAAGUCUCUAACAAGGAUGCGCCAAGAUAUCGCGGUAGAAAAGGUUACCCGACACUAAAUGUUCUAGCUGCUUGUACAUUUGACUUGAGGUUCACUUAUGUCCUACCUGAAUGGGAGGGGACUGCAUCUGAUUCAAGGAUAAUAAAAAAUGCACUUACAAGAGAAGAUAAGCUCAGAAUUCCCAAGGGUAAUUCAUUCUUAGAUGAAUUCCAAUUUUUUCAAACAUUACACUAUAGUAUUGUAGUGAUGCAUUUUUUUGUUUAAUAGGCAAAUACUAUCUUGUUGAUGCUGGAUACAUGUUAAGGAGCGGGCUUAUUGCUCCUUAUAGAGGUGUGCAUUAUCACUUGAAAGAGUACUCCAAAUGUCCACCAAAAAAUGCUCGUGAAUUGUUUAACCUUCGACAUGCUUCUUUACGCAAUGCAAUUGAGAGAGCAUUUGGUGUGGUGAAGAAGCGGUUCCCUAUUAUAGGAAACGCUCAACCUAAUUACUCCGUUGACACACAAUCUGAUAUCAUUCUAGCUUGUUGCAUUAUACAUAACUUUUUGAUGGGUGUGGAUCCGGAUGAAGAACUUAUUGCUGAAGUAGAUCGAGAACUUGAAAGGCGACCUGUACCGAGAAAUGAAGAGCAAGCACCAAUGGAUAAUGAUGAAGACGCAAAACGAGUUGAACUCAUAAGGAAUAUGAUUGCAGCUAACAUGUGGUCUGACUAUGUAACCAAUGGAGAUUGAUAAUCAAGUACUUGCAUGUUUCUAUUAAUUGCAUGUCACAGAUUUUUGGAGCUGAAUGUAUUUCCAUCUUGCAAGUGUUUUAGUAUGGAGAACUUUGCUACCUUGUAUGCAGUUUUUAUCUGUCAUUGCUGAAUGCAUCUCUUAAUUAACCCUUAUUUUCUUUACUUGUACUUGCGGCAAUACUUGUAGAUUUUCAAUGGGUAAGAAAAAACUAACCAAUGAGGAUGGUAAGAAGGUUGAGAGGUUUAUGUGGACACAUCAAAUGGAUGAUGCACUGAUUGAUGCUCUAUACAACCAACACGCAGAAGGAAAUAGGGUGAAUCAAACAUUUACAACGCUUGCUUAUGAUAACAUUCUAAAGGAACUACGGGAGGCAUUCAACAUGGAAAUGGAAUUGGAUAAGACCAAAAUUAGGAAUAGACUGAAAACAAUCGAGGAGCACUUUGGUGAGUGCUAUGAUUUAUUUAAGAAUAGGACAAGUGGAUUUGCUUGGAGCCCGGUAACAAGGACGUUCAAUGCUGAGCCUGAAGUUUGGAAAGAAUUGAUAGCGGUGCAACCAAGUGCUGAAAAAUGGAUGACUACACCCAUUAGCAAUUAUGAAAAGCUGGCUGAAAUCUUUGGAAAAGAUAGGGCCAAUGGCGAAGGUGCAGAAACUGCCAAAGAGAAACUCCGUCGCUGGUCUAACUCAACAACUGAUGCUCCUACAGACACAAUUGAAAGCGUUGAUCACAAGGUGUCUCAGAAUGAAGCGACAUUGGAGAACUAUAUUAAUCUUGACGAGGUUGAUAUGUCAUCUGCUAAAAAUGAAUCAUCUUCCAAGAAAAAGAGAAGGCUGCCACGUGGAGAACGUGCAGAAGUUGAGGAAAUAAAGAUAGCUAUGGAAGAUAUAGCAUCAGCUAUAAGAGAGGGUAAUGCUGUGAUGGAGAAAGCUCAUGGCUGUGUUUCAACCGGACAACUCCAUAAGGCACUUGAAGAAAUCGGAAUUGAGCCGUACAAACGCACUGAAUCAUACCUUUUCCUUAUUAACAAGCCUGAGAGAAUGAUGGCAUUUUUUGGUUCCCCGGUGGAGUAUCGCAAUGAAACUUUGGAGUACAUGAUGUUUGAUGCCCAACAGCAUUUCUAACUGAGCUACGGAGGACAUAACCUUGGUGAUAAUCUAGUAAUUGAGACAUAUUUUGUGGAAACUUCGCAAGUAUUUUGUGGAAUUUUUUUGACUGUUUUGUGGCAACUAGUUUAUCUCUACUGAGGUCUGGGGUAAUUGCAGACAUUAUAUUAGAGCUUACUUGUGUUAUCCUUGGUGAUACCAGGAUUUUUUGUGGUAUCCAAUUAUAUUAGAGCUUGCUCCAGUACUUUUGCUCCUAUGUAGUCUUGUUGCUUGUUUGUGCCUUAUCUUAAAGCAGCUGGUUGUUCGUUGUUACAUUUUCACUUUGGUGGAGUGAGAGCAGUGGAAGGGCAAUCACCAUUUUUGCCUUGCAAAGAAGCAAGGAAGUCGUAUUUGAAAAGAAAGGUUAUAUUGCGAAAAUUUUAUAUGGCACUCUCUUUUCUUUUCUCCCAUAUUGUCCAGCCAAAUAAGAUU